AUAAUUUACAAGAAAAAGUUAACAAAUAUAUGUUCAUGUUAAAAUAUGGAAGUUGAGCAAUGGCAGCUUCUUCAACUUGUCGUUUUAGGGUACUUGGUGGUUAGCAUUGAAGCUCUUAAUCGAAGCAGUUUUCCAGCAGAUUUCAUAUUUGGAGCAGGAUCAAGUGCCUACCAGUGUGAAGGAGCUGCAUAUAUGGAUGGCAAAGGACCAAGUAUAUGGGAUACCUUCGCAAAAUUACAUCCAGAAAAAAUUUUGGACCAUAGAGAUGGAAAUAUAGCAGAAGAUUUUUACCAUCAUUAUAAGGAGGAUAUAGCUCUGAUGAAACAACUUGGAUUGGAUUCCUUCAGAUUCUCCAUUUCAUGGUCCAGAGUAUUACCCAAGGGAAAACUCAGCAGAGGAGUAAACCAGCAAGGUGUUGAUUUCUACAAUAAUCUCAUUGAUGAACUCAUAUCCAAUGGCAUACAACCCUUUGUGACUCUAUUGCAUUAUGAUCCCCCACAAGCCUUGGAAGAUGAGUAUGGUGGAUUCUUAAGCCCUAGUAUUGUGGAUGAUUAUGUUGAUUAUGCAGAUUUUUGUUUCAAAGAGUUUGGGGACAGAGUGAAGUAUUGGGUUACAAUCAACGAACCAAAUUUAUUCAGUUCUAAUGGGUAUGCAGCAAGUACAGGGCCACCCUGUAGAUGUUCAGAUUAUGUAGAUGAAAAUUGCAAGGUUGGCAACUCUGGCACUGAACCUUAUGUGGCAGUGCAUCACAUGCUCCUUUGCCAUGCAUUUGCUGUCAAAUUAUACAGGGAAAAGUAUCAGGAGAUUCAAAAAGGGGUAAUUGGGAUUUCAGUGCUGGCAGAGUGGAAGGUGCCUAAGUACCAAACAAGUUCAUGCCUCAAAGCUGCCUCCAGAGCCAUGGAUUUCCAAUUUGGAUGGAUCUUCAAUCCAGUUACAUUUGGUGACUAUCCUCGAACAAUGCGUUCUAUCGUAGGGCAUCGACUGCCCAGAUUCACCAAAGCACAAUCAAAAACGCUAAAAGGGUCAUAUGAUUUUCUUGGUGUUAAUUACUACACUGCAUAUUAUGUAGAAGAUGCAGCAUUUUCAAGCAAUGUUAAUCUAAGUUACACAACAGAUAACCAUGUUAAUCUUACUACGGAGAAAAAUGGGAUUCCCUUAGGUCAACCGACCUCUUAUGAAGGUUAUUACUUUUAUCCUGAAGGAAUUGAAGAGUUAGUAUUAUAUAUAAAAUGGAAAUACAAAAAUCCCCUUGUUUACAUUACCGAAAAUGGACUUCUUGAUGUGAGAAAUAGCUCAUUAUCAAUAGAAGAUUCACUCAAGGAUGAGUUGAGAAUAUCAUUCCAUCAUCAACAUUUGGCAUAUCUUCUAAAAGCAAUCAAGGAUAAUGGUGCAAAUGUGGGAGGAUAUUAUUUAUGGUCAUUUAUGGAUGACUUUGAAUGGGAGUUUGGCUACACAGUUCAGCUGGGAAUUAAUUAUGUAGAUUUCAAUGAUGGGCUAAAAAGAUAUUCCAAAAAUUCAGCUUUAUGGUUUAAAAAAUUCCUUCAAAAUAAAGAUUUAUCCAUUGUUCUCAAAAUUGAAUCAAACCGAUCAUUCGAUUGGCUUAACCAAGAAUUGGAUUAGUGGCUAGUCUGGUUCAUAUGGAAAACCCUAUAUCUAAAACUUCGGGCUGACUAGUUUGACCUUCUUGCUUUUGUUAUCGAUCAGAGUUGAACACAAGACCUUAAGAAUGUGUUUUCAAGCUUAUUGCCAUUUGAAUUAUGAGAAAUUUUUGUUUA